GCUAGCCACUCUUGUCGUCGAGCUUCGCGAGUAGCGAGCUGGUGCAGAGCAGAGCUCGCAAGGAAGAGCAGUUGCUACUUAUAGAAAUAGCUGAGCCAGCCGCUCACCGCCUGACGCCAUCGCUGCGACGGCAUUGAUCCAUCGCCGCCACAGCAGCACAGAGAGGAUUUUGCUGCAAAAAACGACCGCCCGGCGAGCAACGUGCCCAGAAGCAGCAUGCUCAAGCGCGCCUGGUGGGCGAAAAGCCCAUCAUCCAAAUGGGUGGGUACCGAGAAACCGGAAGAAAAGGACGGCUCGCGCGCACAGUGGGCGCUCGACCGGCGGACCGACCCGUUGUUAGGCCGCACGCUCACGCACUGGCCCGAAGCAUCACAAAGUGGAGGCCCCCAGACCUGCAACAACACCGAGGCAUUACUCAAGGAGCACCAAGCGCUCAACGGCAAAGCAAUAAGGACAAGGUUCCCACCGGAGCCCAACGGGUACUUACACUUAGGACAUGCCAAGUCCAUGAACAUGAACUUUUCGCUAGCUUUCGAAAGGCUAGAGGGCGCCGGCGUUACCUGCAAGCGCGAAACGGUGUUCCGGUACGACGACACGAAUCCCGAAGCUGAGACCAAGGAGUUCAUCGAGUCGCUCGCGACGGACGUGCAGUGGAUGGGCUGGACGCCCGUCGUAACGACGCAUACGUCCGACUAUUUUCCCGUCUUCUACGCCAUGGCGCUGGAGCUCAUCGACAAGGGCAAGGCGUAUGUCUGCCACCAGUCGUCGUCGGAGAUCGAGGCGUGUCGCAGUGUAGCCAAAGCUCGAGUGGCGUUGAAGGCCAUGCAGGAUCCUCCUGCGGAACUCGUAGCCGAAGCGAAAUUACACGAACCGUCGGCGCACGAGUCACCUUAUAGGAAUCGAAGUGUAGCAGAAAACCACGCCUUGUUCGAGAAGAUGCGCAACGGCACGACAGCGGAAGGCGAGUGCACGUUGCGACUGAAAAUGUACGAGGAGGGCGGGAGUAAUUUCAACAUGUUCGACCAAGUGGCUUAUAGGGUCAAACAUCGCGCGCACCCCCACGCGGGCGACGCGUGGUGCAUGUAUCCUACUUAUGACUACACGCACUGCAUCGUGGAUGCUUUAGAACAUGUGGAUUACUCCAUCUGUACCUUAGAAUUUGAGACGCGACGCGAAUCAUAUUAUUGGGUGCUCGACGCCCUGGACCUGUAUCGGCCCAAGGUCUUCGAGAUGUCGCGGCUGAACGUGUCCCAUGUGGUCCUCUCGAAGAGAAAACUCACGAAACUCGUAGAUACCGGUAAGGUAAGAGGAUGGGACGAUCCGAGGAUGCCGACGAUCUCUGGUCUGCGGCGGCGGGGCUACUCGCCGGCGGCCGUCAACGCGUUCUGUCGGGACGUUGGGGUUACUCGUAAUGAGAACUUCAUCGAGUACUCGAGGCUGCAACACUUCGCGAGGCAAGACCUCGAGGAACGCGCCGAUCGGAGGAUGGCGGUGCGCGAGCCGCUGAAGGUUACUCUGGUUGGCGAUGCGUCGUUAUUCAGGACGUAUGACGCGCCGAACCACCCGACCGAUGCGUCACGAGGGACGAGACCGCUGACACUUACCAAAGUAGUAUACAUCGAAGCCUCGGACUUCCGCGAAGUUGAUAGUAAGGACUUUUACGGUUUGGCACUGAACAAGUGGGCUCGCUUGCGUUAUUGCGUCUGCCUCAAAUGCAUUUCUGUGGAGAAGGACGGCAUCACGUGCGAAAUUUCUGACAAGGUCGAGAAGGACCCUAGGGGUAAACUGCACUGGGUGUCGUCUGAUGCUAUGCAGUGUGAGUUGCGGGACUACGACCACCUAUUCACGGUAGGAAAAGUCGAUGAUGAGAAGUGGGAGUCGCAACUUUCAGAGACGUCACUCGUCGUGCGUGACAAGGCGCUCGUCGAGCGCCUAGAACGGCCUAGUGAUGGGACGGCCUUCCAGUUCGAGCGACUGGGCUUCUACGCCGUGGACCCCGACGCUACCACUGAUAGGUUAGUCUUCAACCUCACAGUACCUCUGAAGUCAGGCGCGCCCGUCAAAAAAGAAGCGGGCGUUUCUCGGAAAGCGCAGCAGGAAGCGGAUCGCCUGAAGAAGGAGGCCCUGAAGAAGGUGAAACCUCAAGAUUUAUUUCGGACCGAUGAGUAUAAUGCGUGGGACGCGGACGGCAUUCCGACGCACAAUAAGGCUGGCGAGCCGUUGUCCAAGUCAUUGAUCAAGAAGUGCAAGAAGGAGUGGGCCAAGCAGAAGAAGCUCUACGAGGCCGCGAACAAGGCGUAAGAUUAGACUAGAC